UAAGGCAGCAGAAGACAGCAGACGUUCCAAACAGCCACGACGAGCAGCCACUCGACGCCAAAUUGGGACUGGAAACGAUGAACAGACACAGCUUCAUAUGGGCGCUAGCCGCCUGCUUAAUUGCAUGCGCCAGCGCAAAUGGCUACGGCGGACAGCAGGGCUACGGCUCCGGCGGUCAGGGCUACGGCUCCAGCGGACAGCAGAGCUACAGCUCCAGCGGCGGUGAGCACGUCGGUGUUGGCGGCGAAGGUGCCGUUGCCGGUGCUUCCGCUGGCGGUGCCGGUGAAUUCGGCGGCAAUGGCGGCCAUGGUCAUGGCGAUGGUGCCGCCGCUGGCUCGUUGGCUGGCAACGGUGAGGCCGCUGGUCUCGCCCAGACCGGUCAGAGCAGCUAUGGCUCCGACCAGAACAUCCCCUACAAACCCGUGAACACCAAGGGCAACACCCUCACCUCAUCGAUCACCUAUCCCCAGAACAAGGGCGAGAUUCUGAUCCAUCGUCCCGCUCCGAUCAUUGUCCGUCGUCCACCCACCAAGGUGCUGGUGAACCAUCCUCCAUUGGUGGUCAAGCCUGCGCCCGUUGUGCUCCACAAGCCUCCAGCAAUUGUGCUGCGCAAGGUCUACGUCAAGCACCAUCCACGUCGCGUCAAGGUCGAGCCUGUGUUCGUCAACGUGGUCAAGCCCCCAGCAGAGAAGUACUUUGUCAAUGAGAACAAGCAGGGCUACGGCCAGGGUAACCACGGUUCCCACGGCCAGGGACACGGCGGUGCUCACAUCCCCCGUCCCGGUCCAAUUGUCGCUGGUCCCCAGAAUCUGGGUCCCGGUCCAGCCAUUCCCGCCUAUGCCUCCGGUGCCGACAGCGCUGCUGCCAGCGCUGGCUACUCCCUGCUCCAGGGUGGCAACCACGGUCUCUCCGCCCUGGCCAACAUCGCUGGCGAGCGUGAGGGCAACAACUACGGUGGCCAGCGUGAGCACUACGGCGGCCAGCACUCCGCUCCCGCUUAUUAAGCGGCGAGAGGCUAGCCACGCUUUCAGCUUCCAGCUGCCAGCUGCUACCAACCAGCCGCCUCAUCCGGCUGGCGUUAGUUACUAUGUUUUUUACACGGCUUGGACGCCCACAAGGCGGGCGCGCAGGUUUCAUUGCAAACAAAUAAAA